UUUGAAAGGAGCAGCAAAAAAGCAAGACACGUGGACCGCAGGAGCUGGGAAACAGACAAAGCAAAGGAAAGAAGUGACUGACCCGUGAAUCCCAACACCCCAUGAGUGAGUGGGGAACCCGUCCAUUUCCACACGCUAAGCUCCAAAGCUCGACCACCGUAUUUCAACACGCUCCCUCCCUCUCCGGGAACGCCAACCACCACUUCGUACCUCCGAAUCCUCGCAUGUCUGCUGCCCCACAACAUGAAAGCUCUCGUCCGCUCUCUCCUCCUCGCCCUCCUCCUCCUCGCUCUCCUCCUCGCCACCUCGCCGCCGCCGGCGCAGUCCUUCGAGUUCCCGGCCCAGAACAUCGCCGACCUCAUCGAGCAGACGUGCAGGCUCACGCCCUUCUACGACCUGUGCCUCUCCUCCCUCAGGUCCGACCCACAGAGCGGCGCCGCCGACGUCCGGGGGCUCGCCCGCAUAAUGGCGGGCUCUGUCCUGGCGGGCGCGAGCCGCACGCUGGACAGCAUCCAGGAGCUGCUGAGCCGGGCGCCCGACCCGGAGUCGGAGCAGCCGCUGGCCUACUGCGCGGAGCUGUACAUCCCGGUGGUGAAGUACAGCUUGCCGCAGGCGAUCGACGCGCUCGACAAGGGCCAGCUCGGGUUCGCGGAGUACGGGCUGUCGGACGCGGGCAAGGAGGCGGAGGAGUGCGAGAAGAACUUUUCCGGCCAUGGCGGGUCGCCGGUGACGGAAGGGAAUGAGCUGGUGCGGGACCUGGUGGGCGUGGCGCUGGCGAUCAUCAAGAUUUUGCAGAAGACUUUCUAGCUCUCUUCUAUAAUUGAUAGGGUGAAUAUAAAUAAAUUGCACAUUUUCCGGA